UUAUAUGCUUUUGUGUCCUCGGCUGUUUGCAUGUAGGGACAUCUGUUCCACUGACGUGUCAAGGUGCCUCCAACAUUCCCCACGGGCCUGAAAUGGAGAACCCGGUGCUCUGGAAACAAAUGAGUUCUUGGAUCCACGUUGUCCCUCGUGACCCUCGUCACUGUAACUUGCCUGAGAGAGAGACAGACUCGCAACACGCAGUCGAUGGUGUGUCCCGAAUCAUGGGCCAUCACGUAAGUCACCCUUCUUCAGGAAUAAACAGAUUAUGAUGAUGAUGAAGGCCUCUCUGUUGUGUCUAAGGAUCAGCAACGCUCCAACAGAUUGAUACCCAGGGCAGAAUUCCAUGUGUGGUGGAGCCUCAUGGGAAGGACAUCAGGCGCCACCCAAACCUCUUGCCGUUAAACUACACCUUUAAAUCACCAAAGGCCUUAACCUUGUCUUAAUGGAAUCAGUGGAUGCUGAUACACCACUGGCAAAAUGAGCGCAACAUUGGCCACUCGCCCCCUCUCUCUCCUUUUCCACGCUGCUUUCGCGACGCCGAGCCACAAAGCUGUCGGCGCACGGCAGUGGCACCUCGCAGUCGCCGCUUCAGGGUGAAGAUGUUCGGCACUCUGUGCGCUCGUAAGUCGGCUCGAAGAUCUCGGUCCGCGUUAAUAGCCGCACUGACAGUACUGCUGGUCCAAACGCUCAUUGUGUGGAACUUCAGCAACCUGGACACGGGUGAAGACAGAAAAGACAACGCCAGAGAGAAGAGGGACCAUAUCGGCAUCAACAAAGCCUACAGCAGCGAGUACCCAAAGAGCGGCUCCCAGAGGAAACAUCACCAGCCGCCGCUGGGUAAAGCCUCCAACCGACAUAAACAGCAACCGGACGGCUAUUACUCGCACCGACCCAAGGAGAAAGUCCGCGUUGACAGCAACAACGAGAAUUCCGUUCCUAAAGACUUUGAAAACAUAGACAACAGCAAUUUCGGGGCACGUUCCCAGACGCAGAGACACGUGCCCGGCAAGCACAAACAAAACCUGCUCGAGAAAGCCCAUGCCCAGCAAAAUAAGAACUCCAAUGAGGUUAUUCAGUAUGCACAAAACAAGGGGAGCUACAAUCAGACACGAACAGAUUCGCAUCGGAGAGCCAAAACCACCCUCAGCCCGCAACAAUCCCAGCAGCACCGGCACCACCUGCAGCAGGCCAAGAAAUCAGCCCCGCCCACCGCGGACAUCAAGUACGACCAGCCGCCCAAAUGCGAGAUCAGCGGCAAAGAGGCGAUCUCCGCCCUUUCUCGUGCCAAAACCAAGGAGUGCCGGCAACAGAUAGCUGAGGUUUAUUGUCGCCACAAAGAACGGCAACUCAUGCCUGAGAAGGUCACCCGUUAUUGCCCCAUAGAGGGCAAGGUGAAUAUGAAUGUGCAAUGGGAGGAGGACUCUAUGGAAACCAUUCCUGCGGUUCCGGUGCGGAUAGCCUUCAUGUUAGUCGUCCAUGGACGAUCUUCUCGCCAAGUUCAGCGGCUUUUCAAGGCCAUAUACAACACGUCCCAUUUCUAUUACAUCCAUGUGGACCAGAGAUCUAACUACCUGCAUAGGCAGAUGGUGGCUCUGGCUGACCAGUACCCAAACGUCCGGGUCACUUCAUGGCGCAUGUCUACGAUAUGGGGCGGUGCCAGCCUUCUCACCAUGUACCUGCAGAGCAUGAAAGACCUGUUGGCCAUGCGGGAUUGGCCCUGGGAUUUUUUCAUCAACCUCAGUGCUGCCGAUUACCCAAUCAGGACCAAUGAUCAACUGGUGGCCUUCCUGUCCAAAUACAGAGAUAUGAAUUUCAUCAAGUCUCACGGGAGAGAUAACGCUCGAUUCAUCAGGAAACAGGGUUUGGAUCGGCUUUUCUUUGAGUGUGACACCCAUAUGUGGCGGCUUGGAGACAGGAAAAUUCCAGAAGGCAUUUCUGUGGAUGGAGGCUCUGACUGGUUUCUCCUCAAUCGGAUGUUUGUGGAGUACGUCAUCAACUCUCAAGAUGAUCUGGUGACGAACAUGAAGCGUUUCUACGCGUACACACUCUUACCUGCGGAGUCAUUUUUCCACACGGUUCUGGAAAACAGUCCGCAUUGCGAGAGCAUGGUGGACAACAACCUCCGCAUCACCAACUGGAAUCGUAAGCUGGGCUGCAAAUGUCAAUACAAGCACAUCGUGGACUGGUGCGGCUGCUCUCCUAACGACUUCAAGCCAUCCGAUCUUUCUCGUUUCCAGCAAACCACCAGGCCCACAUUCUUUGCGCGGAAGUUUGAAGCCAGCGUGAAUCAAGAGAUCGUGAACCUGCUGGAUGUCUUCCUGUACGGGAGUUUGCCCCAGGGCACACCGGGUCUCAAAGCCUACUGGGAAAAUGUUUUUGAUGAAGAGGAUGGUAUUCACAGCCUAUCUGAUGCGCAGCUCACCCACUACCACGCAUUCGCCCGAUUGGGCCUGGCUCGAAAUGACAACUCAUUACAGGGAGACCCCAGUGACAACAGUUGCAGGUAUUUCGCUAUGGGGCAUCCCGUCUCUGUCCACAUCUACUUCCUGUCUGAUGAAUUCCAUGGAUACUUGGUCAGACAUCAUGCCACCAACCUGGCAACCAGCAAACUCGAAACCCUGGAGACAUGGGUCAUGCCCAAGCAGUUCUUCAAGUUUACCAAUCCACCCAAUACUUUUAACCGACUACAGUUUGCAGAGAUCGGAACAGACUGGGAUGCCAAAGAAAGGAUUUUCCGGAACUUUGGGAACCUGAUGGGUCCCAUGGACGAGCCUGUGGGAAUGCAGAAGUGGGGAAAAGGGUCAAAUGUUACUGUGACCGUGGUGUGGAUUGACCCCACUAACGUCAUUGCUGCUACCUACGAUAUCCUGAUCGACUCCAGUGCUGAAUUCACUCAUUACAGGCCCCCACUGAACCUCCCCCUGCGGCCGGGCAUGUGGACCGUACGGGUGCUUCAUCACUGGAGCCCUGUGGCCGAAACCCGCUUUCUGAUCACUCCCCUUACUCACCACAAACACCUGCCAAUGCGUCAAGAGGACACUUUGAGAAUGCACAACGGGCCACCCAAGAACAGUUACAUGGAGCAGAGUUUCCAUGGCCUCAACCCCAUUCUUAAUAUUCCAGUCCAUCUGGGCCAGGUAGAGGCAGCAGAGCUCAACGCCGGGCUUACGGGGUUUGAGCUGGAACGCUGGGUGGACAGUCUGGUGGGUCAGGUGUGGUCUGCUGUGGACGUGUGUUCAAUAGGCCCCAGUGGCUGUCCGGUUAUGCAGACAUGCAGAGAAACGGCAUGGAGCUCUCUCAGCCCGGACCCAAAGUCCCAACUGGGCCCCCCCAGAGCCAACGGGCGAAUCAGGUAGCAGCAUUUGCAGCCCUGAGGACUGGCAGACUUUUUUAGGUCGUUUUUUAUUUAUUUUCCAGCGUCGCUCAUUGUCUGCUCUCAAAUGCAAAAUACACAAAAAAGUGGAUGCUGGGAAGUUCAUUUUAAAGAUUUUUAAAUGCGUGCCCGGCUGGUUAUUUUAAACUCUCGAGUGCUCUAGUGAUGUGAGUGCUGUAAAUCUUCUUUCUACUUUAUUUAUUUUAAAUACUGUGAUUGAAUUUUUGUUAACUGGACGCAGCAGAUGUAACUGCUGAAUGCUGGAAUGCAAUUUUAAGCACAGAAUGGACUUGAAGACUGGUUGUAAGACCAAAAGAGAUGUUUGUACGGUAAAGCCUCUAUAUUUAACACAUUUAAUUGUAGAUCAGUGUUUUUCAACUUAUACUUUAUUAAAAUCCUUUUCCUAAUCAUACAGUGGCCCCAAAAAUAAGAUGCAUUUUAAUAUGUGUGUACACUAUACACUGUGAAAAGUGAAAGCUGCUCUACUUAAAGGUGAGGGGCAUGAUUUUUGAAAACACUUUGGAAAAGGGAGUCGGGCCGAGUACCAAAACACACUUGUAGCCAAUCAGCAGUAAGGGGUGUUUACUAACCAACAUCGUUGCCGGGGUUGCGUAUGUGUGGGGCGGGUCUAUCAAAAGAAGGUCCAGAUUCUAUUGGGGUAGGGGCGUGUUUGUUUAGGUGAUAUCAAAUGUCAACAUUGGCUUUCAGAGAUCAUGCACCCCGCCAUUUAAUAAACUUACUUCUAUUGGAACAACUUAAAAUUUUUUUUAUAAACUUACAUUUUCUCACUUUAAAUGAAAAAAUUAAGGUUCAAUUGGUAACAGCUUAAAUAUUUAAACAUUUUUAACUUAAAGUGAGAAGAUUUAAAUUGGAAAAAGAGAUUUAGGCGUGGUCAAUAGAUUUUUUUUAAAGUUGAUCCAACUUUUACUUUUUACAGUGUAAAACAAAAUAUAAAACUAGGUGGUGUUAUAUUUUAAAGAAAGCACAAGUUAACUUUCAGCACAACAUUCAGGGUUUCCCGCAGCACUUUAAAGUUCGGGCGGCCCGCCUAAGCUGGGAAACCCUACCACCUUUACUAAGUCGUCCCAAAAAAAAAAUCACUGCACAAAAGGCCGUCAAGUGCAUCUCGGCGAAUAGCGCAGACGGGCUUCACACCGCGAGGGUGCACGUGCACCACACAGCCGAAAUGGUCGGUCAUUGUGUGGAGGAUAGCCAGUUGAUAAAACGUGUGUCCGUAAGAACUGUAAGUGGACUUAUGUUUUGGGUUUAUUUAAGCCUGUUAUUGUAUUAGUCUAUAGUUCUUGCUAAUUUAAAGUAAGUUAGCUGGUGAUUUGGUUGUUUGAGCAACCUGCUAGCUAGGUUUCACGUGCCUGUUGAUUCGAUUUAAUUGUUGAGUGCUCUUGCUCACGUUAUUUGUGUGCAUUAUUUACAUGCUACAGUAGUUACACUCCUUUAAGAUAAUGUAAUUAAUAGUGGGAAAAUAAUCAGUUUUUACAAUCUUCGCGCUAUAUAUCAUCGUUUGCCAGACGUUCUACAACAUCUGCUUCAGUUUGUGUUUAUUAACCCUUUAGUUUCACUUCAUCACACAGCUUUUCCCGUUCAUUUUUUCUUCACAAUUAAGUUUUAUUUGAGUGUUUUAAAUAAAAAUAUUUUAAUUUUCAUCAUAACGCGUACGCCCCGCCCUUUGAUUGCCAUGCCUCCCGGCCUCAUCCACCCGCCCAACCCUACCACUUUAACUAACAAAUUUUCUGCGGAAAACCCUGACAUUUCACAAAAUUGUUAACAUAAAAGAUUACAAAAUAGAUAUAUUUUUCAAAACUAACACACAAUUUCAGAUGAAUAUGCCUGCGGUUAAUGUUCUUUCAUGACUUCAUAAAUCCAGCAAAAGUAAUAUUAUUAUAAAUAGUAUUUAUAAUAUUGAAACCAGUUAAUGCAUUUUAAAUGUGACUGUACAAAUUGUACUAAAAUGUCUAAAUAUUUUGGGACCACUGUAUAUAAUUGUCACCAAAACAACAUUGCAGACUUGGGUAGUUUUUAUAGAAACACUUCUUGUUUCUGUCAAAUAGGAAAAAGUUUGCUUUUGCGAAAACCUGAAAGCAGUAACUUUUUAAUAAGUUAUUGGUUGAAAAACAUCUGUUUUAAACGAAUAUUGAGCUUUUGACAAGCAGAGUUUCAGGCCACAUUGCCACAUUUCUUUAAGAGAGUGAAUCAAGAGAAGCAUGUGCUUGGGGACUCUGUGAAGUGGCAGACUGCUGACGCUCUCCCAUGUGAGCUGUGCUGGCGCUCUGUCUGACUUCUGUCUGUAUGCUGUUCCCCUUCAGGCUACCCAAACUUGAAGUGGAAGAUGCCAGCUGUGCUGGCACACGGAGAACGAAGUAAUUUCUCCACAUUUUUAUUGUAUUGUAUUUUAUUUUAUUUUUCCUUUCCCCUUAAACAGAGGUACUGGGUAGCUGAGGGUUGUACUGUAAGUUGGCUAUUUAUUCAUGUGUUUAUAUAAAUGAAAUAGAUAUUUUUUAGUCAAUGACUAAUGCCUAUAUGCUGUUUUUUGCAGCUUAUUCAAUACCUUUUGUAAACGAGCUGCCUUUAUUUACAAAGGCUAUUAUCCCAACUGUAUAACUUUAAACGUGAGAUGCGCUACUAUAGUGCAGGCCUCAGUAAAGACCUGUUCCACCUGAGAUCCACAUGUCCAUGUCAUAUUCACUAAGCUCACUGGGAAAUUAACUGGCCGAAUGACCUCAAAAACCGAGAUUUAAGUCAUGCUGCUUUUAAUUUCUUUAUUUUGGUCUUUUCAUAUGAGCCAAUGUUUGGUAUUUUUGCCAUGUGUUACUUAAAUCUUCAUCACUGGUUGGACUGGUUGGUAUCAUCUUCCACAUAAUGUCAUUGGAAUCGGUUUCAAACGUUGCCUGGAUGAGAUCUCAACUGCUCCUCGUCACACGUACGACGUUUGGACGUCAAAUGUUCCAGACUGGGCUUUCUGAAUUACUCGCGCACAUAAUAAUGAUAGGCUAGCUUUUUGAAAUUGACCUUUCGGACGUAUUUUUAGCAGGGGAAGAUUGCAAGCUUGCCGGACUCUGAAGUUUGCAUUGGACCAACAUUUUCUUCAUUUUUGCAAACCUUACGACUCCAUAUUCAAACCGGGCUAGUGUGGGUUGUUGCACCCUAUCAUUUAAGGAACAGAUCUCCUUUGGGACUGUAAGCCUGGCCUUGUCAUUACUUCGUAUGCAAUCUGUUUAAUCUGGUCCUCAGAAAUGUGGUGUCCCACCCAGAGUGCUCAAGCAGUGAAAUGUCACCAUCAACAUGUGAUCAAAAGGAGGCUCGUGCAUAAAAAUUUUUGAGGAUACAUUCCCAGUUGUGUGUGAAAUGGGAAUGCAUUAUUUAAAUUUUUAACAGAGGGUCUAAUGCUUGUCUAAGUGGUGUUACAUCUGUACUGUACAUGCGUGAAAGUGCAAAUUAUUUGAUAUUCUUAAAAAAGAGAGAGAAAUUAUAUAUAAUUAUCUAUUCAUGUAUGUUUCAAUGAUUUUAAGCCAAGAUCUUGGCUUGUGAAGUGAGCCUUUGGAUAGUUGAAACUUAACUGUAUAACUAUUAGACACUUAAAGGUGAAAUGUGUCAUUUUUGCAAGGGGAAAAUAUUUGAUCUUAUCACACUUCAAUAUGCAGAGACCGCUUAUAAGUAAGCCAUUCAAAUUUUGACUUUGGUGGAUGUAACGUAAAACAUGAAAAUGUUUGGAAACGGUCACGGUUUGCUAGAAAUUACAUACUUGACCUUUAAGAAAAUCUUUGCAGUGGGUGGAUCUAACCUCACAACCUCCUCCUUUCACACGACUUACAAUUUUACAUGUCUAUUCUACGUUCAUUAAAAUAUAUUUAUUACAUCACUCGGACAUCUCUUAUGUACUAUAGUUAUUUUGGUAGGAAUGAUGAUGUAAAGUAUUUUGUAACGGACAGAUGUUAUCAAAGUAUUGUAAAUAAUCUUAAGUUUAAAAAAAAGCGUCUGUGUGGUGUUAAGGUAAAUCACGUGUGAAAAUGCGGAGGGUCUGUGAAGGGCUGUGCUGGUACGAGUGUGUGGUUUAAUGAACAUUUUUGCCUUUCAGAGAAUCUUGUGGCGUUCUCUGUGCUGGAAUGUUUUGUUGAGCAACUGUUGCACAAUUUAUUUAAACCCCUUGAGCUCUUCAGUUAUAGGGGACCUCUGUGCCUUAGGUAUUGUCCUGUCUGAGGGAUUUCCAACCUUCUGUAUGUAAACAUCAAACGUGUCAUCUCUGUAUCUUUUCAUUUCUCCACAAAACCAAAAAUACUGCUGUUGUAAAUGCCUUGUGUAUCAAUGAUGUUGGUUUUGUUUUCUCUUCAUACCGAAUUUUUGAAUAAAACAAC